CGAAAACGACUUCCACUGUAACAAAAGCCUGCAGAAACAAACGCGUGUGCUGUGUCCAAGUAACUCCAAUUAAAUUAAUCCAAAUUAAUUAAAAUGAAUCGUGGCGAGGAAUCGUUGCGUCUGAUGCGCGAAUCGGGUGAAAUUAAAUGGUGUCCACGUGAAAAAUCACAAAUCGCCGAAUUUUACAAAGAAAAAAAUGUCCUGGUGACGGGCGCCACUGGAUUUUUGGGCAAACUUCUAGUGGAGAAACUGCUAAGGGCCUGCCCUGACUUGGGCACAAUCUACAUUCUGGUGAGACCGAAAAAAGGCGAAGACGAACACAGCAGAGUGGAUAAGCUGUAUAGCGACCCGAUUUUUGGACCUUUGACUAAACUUUUUCCCAAGUUUCAACACAAAAUCAGCAUUAUCAAGGGCGAUGUUUCGCUGCCUGACCUUGGGCUAAGCCCUUCAAGCAAAAGUCUAAUUUACGAAAAGAUCAAUGUCAUUUUCCACAUUGCGGCAACGGUGCGAUUUGACGAAAAAAUCACAGUCGCCACUGCAAUCAACGUUCGAGGCACACGUGAUUUAUUAAACAUGGCAAAAAAGUGCCAAAAUUUACAGUCAUUUGUCCACGUCAGUACAGCCUACGCCAACUGCGUCCAAGACGAAAUCGACGAAGUUUUCUACAAAAUGCCAAUUUCAGCGCACGACUUGAUCGAACUCGUCGAAACGAAACCAGAGGCCACUUUGAUCGAACAAACGAGCAGAAUUAUACAAAACUGGCCAAACACUUAUACUUUUACAAAGGGCGUAGCGGAAGACGCUGUCAAAAAUUUCGGAAAAGGGCUUCCGGUUUGCGUCGUGCGCCCAGCGAUUGUUAUUGCAACUUAUAAGGAGCCGUUACGUAGCUGGAUUGAUAAUUUGUACGGGGCGACUGGGAUCGUAGUAGGCGCCGGGACCGGCCUACUUAAAACUAUGCAUUGUGACAGGAGCAAAACAGCCGAAUUGGUCCCAGGCGACUAUGUGAUCAAUAACAUGAUCGCAGCGUCGUAUAAAACGGCAGUAGAAAAAAUAACGGAUAAAAUUCCGGUGUACAAUUACGUUUCAAGUGUUGAAAAUCACCACACUUGGAACGAUUUUAUGCAAAAGUGUCAAUUGUGGGGGGAGGAGGUGCCAACAAUCAGAUGUGUGUGGUACUACUGUUUGAUAUUGAACAAGUUCUACUGGGCUCAUUUUUUGCUUAGUAUUUUUUUGCACUUUUUGCCCGCCCUGAUCAUGGAUUUGGGGAUGGUGUUGUCAAGGCAACGGCCAAUAAUGGUGAAAAUUUACAAAAAAAUUACGAAAUUCGAAAGUGUCAUUUCGCAUUUCUCCACCAACGAGUGGAAGUUCCACAAUGAUAACACGCAAGCCCUUUGGAAUAGUCUGGGUGAAGAUGAUAGGGCUAUGUUUCCCUUUAGUGUGAAGGAGUUGGAUUGGGAUGAGUACCAUAAGACCCAUGCCUUGGGUUUGCGGCAAUAUUUGGUCAAAGAUGAUAUUUCAACGCUGCCACAAGCCAGAAUCAAGUGGAGGAGGUUUUAUGUGGCCAAUAAAGUCAUCAAAUAUCUUGUUCUGAGUGUGAUAUUUUACGUAAUUUAUUCGAUUUUUGUAAGAUUUUGUAAUUAUUGAGUGGGUUUUUAAUAAAAUAGUUUUUGUAA